AUGACUGGAAGUGUUGCGGCUCGCAAACGGAACAUGGAAUGUAGAGCCAAGGUGAAAACUGGUUGUGGAACCUGUAGGAUUAGGAAAAUCAAGUGCGAUGAGAAUAAGCCGUUUUGCCGAAAAUGCUCUAGCACUGGUCGUACUUGCGAUGGCUACCAGGACCCUUUUAGAGUUUUCACCAACCAAUCCAUCAACAACAUGUUUGUUGGCAGCAUAAAGUCAGACAUUGGUCAACAAUCUGCCUUGGUUGAGAUCACCCCUCAGGAGAUUGAUCUUCUUAAUCGUCACUUCUCAAUCAAAACCAUGUGUGAUGCGAAGCUGGGCUGCGAUGAAGAAGCCAGGCAAGUCCUCCAAGCCAGCUUGACUGAUCCGCCUCUACAACAUGCACUCUUGUCUCUCAGAGCUCUGCGGGAAGAUCUCGAGACGUUCGGGAACGGUCAGCAGACCCUGAGCUAUGACUACGGCCUUCAACAAUACACUGCCGCUUUGGGGGGCCUUGCGUCUAACUUGUCAUACCCGGGCUCCGUCGGGUUAAAGUCGGCAUUACUUUGCUGUCAGAUCUUCAUUAGCAUUGAGCAAGUACGGAAAAAUCACGCUGCAAUGGCCCAGCAUAUCGUUCGUGGACUCAGUAUCAUGCAUGAAUACCGGGCAAGACCAGGUCUUGUUACCGUGAACAAAUUGGUACCAGCACACCACGAUGAAUUACCUCUCCUAGAUGUUUUCAUCAUUAAGAUGUUUGCUGCGCCAUGUAAAUUUGCAGAACCUCCAACGACAGCCGAGGCAUGUGGAACGCUGCCUCUUCGACAGCCUGUUGAAUCUCGCGAUCUCCGCACAAUUGCACCUGAUAUGCGGACAGAACUCACAAGGAUCUCCUCGCUGACACUUGAAUUUCUCGACAGAGUUUCGCAAGUUGAAACAGAAGAAAUUGCUCUUCAACUACUAUCUGAGAGAGCAGCUCUGCUAUAUUCUUUGGAAUCAUGGCCUAUUAGCCUUGAACUCAUUCAGACGGAGCAACAACCUCCUAGUUCUGAACCUAUUUCAGUUUCUUUCUUACGUCUCUUUCAUCUCAUACUAAAAAUUGUUCUCUUGGGGGCACUAGACUUCUCACCAGAUAUUGAUGCCGAGCUGCGGACUGAGAAUGACCGCUUUCAACUCUUAGCUAACAACGUGGUGAUGGUAUACAUUCCAACCUCGAUCAACCGGCUCGGCUACUCCGGUGAUGGCAGAGACAGGGGAGCUAAGGAGGAACACAAUAGCAUUCGCAAUCCCCUCUGUUUGAUUAAUCCCGCCGCCAGCAGGAUUAAAGCGAUUGGAACCUCUAUCUGCCGAGAAGCAUUGCGUCUUCGAACUUUCCAAAACAGUGGUUGUUGGUCGACUUUGGGGACUUCAUCUCAGAACAUAGUCGAGAAGUUUUUGGAUUCGGAAGACACAUUAUACGCAUAUCAAUUGAUCGGACACUGGGGACAUAAAUGA